AUGGACAUCAUGAUCAAAGCUCUCCACGCUCGAGGACACUCCGUUGAUGUAGUACGCACCAAUAAAAGCUGGUACAUCAGGGAUGACUCUCUGCAUUACAAUACAAUCACAGUUCCUGUCAGCGAAGCCUUUAAUCAUGACUUUAUUAACCCUAUCCUGAAAAAGAUCAUUGAUAUAGAGCGGGGGGAGAGUUCUGCUUUAAACUUUGCAAGUUUGCAGCUUGAAAUGUUUACUGCAAUGUUUAACAUGCAUAGAAUAAUUUGUAAAAUGGCAACUAAUAUGCUUGAAGAUAAUGACUUAAUGAAAAAUCUAAAGGAGAGUAAAUAUGACAUGGUUUUUACUGACCCAGCAUGGGCUGUCUGUGAUGAGUUCUUUGGCCAACAAGUCAGAUAUAGUGACCUAUUACAGGGAGCAGAUCUGUGGCUCAUGAGAGUGGAUUUUGUGUUUGAGUUUCCUCGUCCCACCAUGCCUAAUGUUAUUUAUAUAGGAGGUUUUCAGUGUAAACCUUCAAAACCUCUGCCUCAACACUUGGAGGAGUUUGUCCAGAGUUCAGGGGAACAUGGAGUCAUCAUAAUGUCUCUGGGGACGUUUGUGAGUGAACUGCCUGCUGACAUAACAAACAACAUAGCUGCAGCUUUUGCCACAUUACCUCAGAAAGUCAUCUGGAGGCAUAAAGGUGACAGACCAGCUGCUCUGGGCAACAACACUAUAGUAGUUGACUGGAUGCCACAGAACGAUUUGUUAGGACAUCCUAAGACUAAACUAUUUGUGGCUCAUGGAGGAACAAAUGGACUCCAAGAAGCAAUUUAUCACGGAGUGCCAGUUGUGGGUAUACCUGUGUUUUUUGACCAAUAUGACAACCUGCUGCGUCUGAAAGAGAGAGGAGCAGCUAAGAUUCUAACCAUUAAUACAGCGGCCAAAGACAACAACUUCCUGAAUGCCAUACUGGAAGUACUGAAUGAGCCCUCCUACAGGAUUAAUAUGCAGAGACUCUCCAUGCUGCACAGAGAUCAGCCAGUGAAGCCACUCGAUAACGCCAUCUUCUGGAUAGAGUUCGUCAUGAGACACAAAGGAGCAGCUCACCUGAGAACAGAGUCCUACAGACUUCCCUGGUAUUCCUUUUACUCUGUAGAUGUGGUCCUGACUUUCUUAGCAACUGUGGUAGUGAUUUUUUUUCUCCCUUUUGUAUGCCUCAGAUUUUUACGUAUUGCAAACAACAAGAAAGCAAAUAAGUGA